AUGAUUCACUCAUACAUCCCUAAAACAUUUCUUGUCCACACCUACUUUCACGCUCUAUCUAGUCUCACGAGUACUUCUCUUAUCUCACUACACAUCUGUAUUGAUCCACUACACCAAUAUAUUCUUUGUACAAUGCUAUAUAGAAAUCUAGAGGGAAACAACGAAAUUCCAGAUCCCAGCACUUCGACCAAAUUAUUGCACGAUGCUGCGGAACUUUACUCGCCAGAGUUUUGCCACUCAAACUCCAGAAUCAGAGCGUUUCUCUACGUAUCGAGAUUGGCCUCUGACGACUCACUCAGGGUGCACUUGAACGAAACAGACGCCAAGCAUUGUGCACUGUACUUUGAGAGUAAUGUGCUUCCCCACUGGAAAGCAAGGGCGCAAUUGUUGGAUUUCUGCUUUGGAGAGGCCGCCAAACUCCGCAAAAGCGUUAAAGUGGAGGAGGCUGCCACUGCUAAAGUUGAUUUGAGAAUCGAUCCGUACGCGGUCCAGGAUGCUACCGAGAGAACACUGAACCGAUUUGCUCAAUGUGCUGCAAUUGAGAAUUGGGUGGCUAACGAACGAGAAGUCGAAUCGAUCGUGCUCAAACACUCCCUGGAUGUGCUCAACCAAAAAUGCUACUUCCAUGAUUGGCUUCGGGAUUUCCGUGAGGCCUAUACAAAAAUGUAA